AUGCGGCACAUUUUUUACUUCCCGGCGUCUUACACGGCGCUCAUCUACGCCAUUAUCACCGGCACCGGACUCCUGUCAUGCCUCUACAUCGGGCUAGCCAUUCACACAAAGGAGAUCCUCACCACGGGCUGCGGCGAGGACCACUACGAGUUCUGGCCCAGUAUCAGCUCCACAAUUGGGGACAUGAUGCCGGAGCGGCAGACGUGGCGCAUCGCCUUUGUGCUGUGCACACCGUUUCGCCUCGGCGCGACCAUUUCCCUCUUCAACGUCUUUUGGCAAAGGUCCUCGCGUGGAAUGUCCGACCUGUACAGCUUCCGCACCUCUAUGAAGAUGUUCGUGAGCAGCAGCGCGUUUCUGUCGCUGCUCAUGUUCUGGGUAGAUCUGUGGCGGCUUGUCGGGGCGUGCAUCUGGGCCAUGGUCGCCUCCUUCGAGUCACUGUCGUACCACAACCUUGGCUUCUGCCCCUACAUCUUUCUGUGCUUUGUGCUGCAGCUCACCCUGACCGCGCUGGUGCGCCGCAACCGGUACAACAUGGCAAUCUACCCGACUCAGCAGGAUGCUUCUCGGUCGCUCCUCCUCAAACGCAUUUGCCUGUGGGGUGAGACGGUUGCUUCGAUUGGUGUCGUCUGCAGCUACACCUACCACUUCUCCACCUGCGCCAACGGCUCCUUCAGCAUGUCGAACAUGUUUGAAUGGGCCUUCGGCGCGUGCAACAUCAUCUACGACGGCUCGGCUUGGUAUGACCUGAAACAGGAAGGGUGGUGGCUGAGCGCGACGCCGGGUUUCUACCGCAAACGCUGGGGCCGACGCAGCUCCCUCCUGUCGCCCCCGUCGCCGUCGGUGGUGGUUAACGGCCAUGGCGGCAGCACCACUGCAGCCGCAGCGAAGGUAGGCGGCCCGACAGGAAAGACGGACAACGCGGCGCUGGAAAGCGACAACGUGGUGAUCGUUCCUGCCUCUCCAACGCCUCCAGCGGACGGGUUCGCCAACCCGGAGAAGGAAGGCUUCGAGGGCAGCGACGCCACGGAAGAGACCGUCGCGCUCACCUCGCCGCCCCGCACGACGACAGGGGAGUUCUUCCUCGACCACGACGUCAUUCUUCAUCGAUUUUCCUUCUGCAGUGCCCCGUCGCGGCUGUCGCUCUGGCUGUGCGACAUUUACUGGGCGCACUUCUUCUUUGAGAUGGUGGUGCACCUCAUUGAGCACAUGUACUUCAUGCCACUCAUUGCCAUGUCGCUUUCGUGGGAGAUGAGCUCCAUCCUGGUCAUCGGAAUACCGUGCCUGCUGCGCAUCGGCAAGUUGCGUCGCUGGGCGACGGGGCCGUGCCCGUUUGCGCGAACGUGGCUGAAGCCCUCCCACGUCCCGAUCGGGCUGAGCUACCGAGUUGUGCCGAUGUACGUUUUCUUCUACGCCAUGUCGUGCCUCUCGCACCUCCACCAAGUUGUGCUCCACGACCCUGGAAAGAAAAUUCUCGUCGUGGCGGCUGGGCCGCUCUUCCUGUACAUGGGUCUGUUCACUCGCUUCCUGUACCCAUCCACCGUGAUGUUGAAGCGCUCGUCGUCGGAGGGCAACGAGGAUAGUCGCCGCAUGACCAUGGCGACACCGCUGGGAUUGGUGCUGUGCAUGCUGCUGCGCUUUCUGCACGUCGGGGUCUCACCGUUUUACACUGUCCCGUUCUACGGCUGCAUCUUUGGCAUCGUUCUCGGCCUCACCUUCACCACCGUCAUAUACCGCCACGCGAUGUUCGGCAACGCGCUGAAGGAGGAGCAGCAAACGCAGCUGAACAGGCGAGGGUCUGCCGACGCCUCCCCGGUGGCGACCGUGAACUCAUCCGUCAACACCCCGAAAGCGCGUGCGGCCACUCGCGAGGCUGAGAGCCCAGACGGUAAGCCUUUCGCGGACGACGACGGCGAUGGAAGGAAAGAGGGCGUGGAGGGCGGUCGCGUUCGCGGCGUGCAUUUCAGUUUGAGUCAAAUUGACGAGGUAAACGAGAAUACCGUCGCAGCCAUCGCCACCCUUUACCCGGCCCCAUCGCCCAUGCUGCUCGGUAUUUUGUUCGGCAGCAUCAGCAGCCUCGGGGUCACCUUUUUUAACUGCGCCAACUACAUUCCGCGCCUGCUGGCGGUGGAUCCGUACCCGACGAACUUGAUUAUCGUAGCCGUCUUCACGCUGGGUCUCUUCUACUCGACGGACAUUCUGCCGAUUUCGCUCGUGCUGCUGCGGCCGAAGCGGCGCCCCGAUGUGGUGCGCCGCGCCUUGCACACGGCCUUCCGCGGUUCGUGGACCCGCUUUGGUAUCGUGCUCGCCAUGAGCACGUGCCUCAUGCUCUUCGCCACCCGCCAGACCAACUUCACCUACGAGCUCCCGCACCCGGGCUAUCCGGUGACCAUGGACUCGCCCAAAGCAGAUGUCGACAUAAAGUAUUGGGCCGCGCAGGAGAAUUUCUGGGGCAGCAAGACGCUGGCCCUCCUCGGCGGCCUCGGCUUCACCUUCUGCAUCGGGGUGCUCUUUCCUUUUGUGAUGGAGGUGACGUGGGCGCACCAGAGCGACCGCCGCUUCGCGCAUAUCGCCGAGGCAAUAGACGCGGACGCCGUCAUCAGCCGCGAGUGCACCUUCCUCACAUCCUUUGAGUUCGCCUGGACAACGGUCGUCAUCACGUCUGGCAUUCUUUACGCCUUGUGCAUCUCCUACCCCUUUGUGCCGAUGGGGUGGCUGGUGCGGGAGAAGUCGCGGCCACUGAUCCUUGCCCACGUCGCCUUGACGUACGUCACGGCGUGGAUCGUGGCGCGGCGCAUUCGUGGCUCGCGCGCGGUGGCGUCGUCGAUGACCGAUAUCGCGGCGGCACGCAAGCAGCGCUCCAUGCAGCUUAUGGUGGUGCUCAUCAUCCUCUUCGCAUUUGCGUGGGUCUUCUUGGGCUACAUCACGAUGGGCAGUAAUGCCGGUUUCGCGGCGAAGAAGAACACGGCGCUCAUCUACCAGGAUGAGGUGCUGCACAUGCACAAGCUUCUGAUUGAGCUGCGCAAGGAGCGCAACAUCAUGACGGACCCACUCACAAAGGAGUUCGCGACGGUGUACUACACGAAGCGCUACGAUGAUGCGAUGGAGCGGAUGUGGAAGAACAUCAGCAGGUCCAGCAGCACCACCCCGGUGAACCCGAAAUUUCGCCUGGGUCACCUGAGCGUCGAGGAUCGCGUGGACGUGUGGCACGCCGCGCAGGCCAUGACCUUUUUCUCGGGUGCCAUCUUCACCGUCCACUUUGGCCUCGACAACUACAACGUUGACUCCCUCGCUCGAAUGGUGGAGCAGCUGCGCAGGACGGAAGCGGGCGUGAUAGGGCUCUUGGAGAGCGACAGCAUGCACAUGACGAACGGCAACCGCGAUUUGGUCGACUACGUGUCCUACCACCUCGGCUUCCCGUACACCGAUUACGGCCCUACGGCUCUCGACAACACAUACGGCUGCGCGCUCAUCACGCGCUACCCCAUCGUCGAAGUGCACCGCUACGUUAUCCCAUCCCCGCUAGGCGAGCUUUCCUGCACCAUUCACGCGGUGCUAGACGUCUACGGCGUGCGCAUUCACACCUACGUCGGCCACUUCGGCAACACGGAGCACUGGGCCGACGGUCUGCUGCAGUCGCAGUUCGUCGGCCGGCUCGUGCAGGCCAACCCCGGUCCGUCCAUGUGGCUCGGCUACCUUGUGACACCGCCUGGUAAGAAGGACCGCUACGCCGAGUACACCGACCCGAAGGCGGUGGGCAAGUUCCGCGACGCCGGGCUCGACAUGUACCGCCACCACCCGUGGGUGCGCCUGUGGGAGCGUGGCGGCUUCGAGGAGGAACCACCGUCCACCGUCACCAAGGAGCCAGGCGAAAACCUCGACUUCAACGUCGAGCACAAACUGCAGUUUAUCGACUACCUGGAGGUGGGGAUGAAAGUUGAUCACCGCUUCCGCCGACCACCACCUGACAAGCCGCCGCGGUACUUCUACUACAACGACACUGGCCGCUUCACUGUCGCCCAUCCCCGCUUCGAGUUUAUCGAUCGCUACUGCCAGUACAUCCUCUACAAGACAGGCGCCAAGGCGGACGAGAAGGGCGAUGACUUGGGGAAGCUGCAGCGGUACAAGCUGCGCCUGUUCGAUUGGUGGCGCAUCAUCGACCACGGCGUGGAGCUACUCUCGGACACGGAGAUUCAGGUGGUGCAGCUCGCCUUCGAGAAGCAGGACGCAUAG